UGGAUACGCGUUGCGUCUGGGGCAUCGUUCGUGCUUAAAGAUGGCGGCGGUUGCGGGAGCCAUGACGACGACGGUCGGUGGCGUGUCUCCGGUGCCGGGCUUCCUGGCGAAGCUGUGGGCGCUGGUGGAGGACCCCGCGAGCGACGACGUCAUCUCCUGGAGCCCGAAUGGGCAGAACUUCUGCAUCCUGGAUGAGCAGAGGUUUGCCAAAGAGCUGCUUCCCAAGUAUUUCAAGCACAACAACUUGUCCAGCUUCAUUCGGCAGCUCAACAUCUAUGGCUUCAGGAAGGUGAUUGCGCUGGAGAGCGGCAUGAUGAUCACGGACAAGAGCUGCGCCAUUGAGUUUCAGCAUCCGUAUUUCAAGCGAGGGAAGGCCAACUUGCUGGGCAACAUCAAACGGAAGGUGUCCACAGUGAGAGCAGAAGAUCUCAAAGUCUGCCCAGACGAGUUGCACAAGGUGCUCUCCGAAGUCCAGGAAAUGCGGGAGCAGCAGAACAACAUGGACCUCAAGCUGGCGAGUAUGAAAAGGGAAAACAAAGCGCUUUGGAAGGAAGUGGCAUCUCUGCGCCAGAAACACAGCCAACAGCAGCAGCUCUUAUCUAAGAUCCUUGAAUUUAUAUUGGGACUGAUGAGAGGAAACUGCAUUCUGGGGCUCAAAAGGAAAAGGCCUUUGCCCGACACUUCAGGCGGUUCCCCUUCGAAGUAUAGUCGCUCGUACGUUCGCAUUCCUGUGGAGAAUUGUGAAACAGCUGCUAUUUCGGAGCAUGGUCCAGACUGCGAAGACUCGAUUAUAAUUCGCGACAUCACAGACGCCCAAGAAGAGGAAGAGGAGGAGGACUAUGGCAAUGGGACAGAUAAGCUGCUGGCUUUGGUGCACACGACGGAUGGGAAUCGAGAAGCCCAGACAUCCACAAGAGAAAGUAUUCCAGUCUGCGAAGCACCAUGGACCUUGGAGCAUGCGCAGAUCGAUGGCCCAGUUCAGUUUGUGGAUGCACCACCGAAGACCAAUGCCGUGGAGUUGUAUCCUGCGCAAGUUGGCACUGGUGAAGAUCCGGCAACAAUGAUCGACUCCAUCUUGAAUGAAAACCAAACGGUGGCACAGAAUGAAUCUUUGCUCGACAGGGAUGACAUUCAAGACUUCUUGAACUGUAUUGAUGCGAGCCUUGAGGAGCUGCAGGCCAUGCUCUCCGGAAAGAAGCUUCACUAUGCUUCAGAUGCCAUUGCCGACACUUUCAGUCCGGAGCUUCCUGUCUUGGACGCGAACUUGUCAGAAGCUCCUGCUGGUUUGGAAAAUACGGAAGAUUUGCCAGGAAGCCCAGGCUUGGCUGGGAUGAGCGAGCAGGAAUCCUCGGGGAAGAACGACAUGCAGCUGAUCCAAUACAGGGGGAACCCUUUGCUUUCGCUGUUUGAAGACCCUUCAUUGAAUGAGACCCCAGGCAAGGCGGGAGAUACAAAGGAUGUUCUCCUGACUCCCUCGGAGGAGCGACCCGAUGUUCCCCUUCCUUUGAGCAGCGAGAUGUCACCACAGCUCCUGGAUCCGACAAACCACGCCGACGGUGCCAUCCCCUUGGAUCAGUCCCUGGGCACCCCCCUUAUCUCAGAAGACGCCAGCGGGGAAUAUAAACUCUUUCCUCUCCUGCUGCUCAGCCCAGUUGCAAACUUCAUAGAAGAGGCCUCAGAAAUAGACACAUCUUGAGAACCAGAGACAUUCAGGAAAUUGCUCCCUGGCUUUCAAAGGACUCAGAAUACGGGGUCGGCUUGUGCCUCUCCCUCUUUUUCGAGUGUCUGAAUUCCUCCAUGGAUGAAGAGAAGGGUGUCUUUUACCAGACAGUGCGGUCCAAGGAAGGCAGUAGCACUGUGAGCUGUGCUUGCACUGACUUUCAUUUUUUAAAAACAGGCAGAGAAGAGCAAAUGUCCAUCUGUUCUCUGAUUAUUUUUCUAUGCAGGUGUUCUAUUGAGAGGGCAGCCCUUUGUAUCUCAUGGUCAAGUUUGCCUAUUAAUACACAAGUUUUCCAGCUAUCUAUUCUUAUAGUAUCCAAUACUCCACAAUCACGUUUACUUUUCCGCUGAGAUGUUGCCCCGCAAGUGGCUUCUGACUCUUUCAGGAUUAAUAUGUUUUGAACUGCAACCCUCUCCUCCUGCCCCUUUGCCACUGUUUUCAGUUUUUGUCUUUGACUGUGUCACACUUUGUAUAUUCUUAGAUUGUCCUCUAGAUAACGGUGUGGGCAACGUCUGUUUCCUAUGGAAAACAUUACAUUUUAAAUACAUUCUUUUAAAAAAACACCACGAUGCCAAUAUGUGUAAAACAACGCUGGCUCUUUAGAUAGUUUGCAAAAAGCUGGUUUCUCAUGCACAUUGCAUGCAAAUCUGCUCCUGGUAAGGGCUUUCGCAAGUCACCAGUCCUCAGUAAAUCAGUGGAGAUACUCCAAAAGAAAGAUACCCUUAAUGUUGUCUCUGUUUUUGUGGUUAUGUUCUCCUUAGCUGCAACCUCGGGUUCAAAAGCUUUGAGGCUUUCGGAGGGCUGUUUGUUACCUGGCAGAUCCUCGGCUGCUUUGUUCCCUCAUCUUUUUCCCAUUCAUGGUCAAAAUCUUGUUCCUUCCUUUUCCGCUCAAAACCAUAAUACAAAAAGAUUGGCCGUGUUACUUUAUUUUCCUGGGAGGAACUAAACUCUGCUGCUUCCAUUGCUGCCAUUGUUUGUUCACCAGCUCCCCUUCCAAGCCUUUAAAAGACAGGAAUGGCGAACUGUAACUUUUGGAAGGAAAGACCAGCUGGCCCUUUCUUUUUUGGCCAAAGGAAAAGUAAACCAGAAUUUGGGAUUUAUGGAUUACAGCCCCCAGAAUCCCCCACCCAUUUGGAGGAUUCUGGGAGCUGUACUCCAAAGAAGUAAAUGUUCUGAUGCUCAGGAUCUGAAUCAAUGCAGGAAGUUUUUGAAAAGCAGCUCUAUACAGCAAGGGAAUGUAGGUCUGCCAGGAACAUCUCUCCCUUGAAAGACGAACCGAUUAUGACAUCUUGUUUUUACAAAUGCUAUCAAACUGGAAGGGAAAAGAGCCAGUGCUGUCUUUAAAAAUAAAGAAUCCCUUGGUUUUGUGUAAUUUGCAUGCACAAGGCAGCCUUGCUCCUCCUGAAUUGCCAUUCACAUCCUAGACACUGCAUCUUGUCUGCUGUUUGGUUUCAAACAAUGGAUGGAUUUAGAUUUAAACAGUUUUGAGGAGCAAAAAUACUGGGAUGGGGCUGCCUUUUUGAAUUGCCACAGAGCUGCAGUACUCCAGGCAAACACAAAAGCAGAGUCUCCCUGUCUUUGUAAAGUGUCAAAUGUUGUAAGUUUCCUGUCGUCAGCAUGAGGCCGGAUGCGCGCAGAAUGUGGGGCUGCUGCCCGGGGAAACCUUGCACAAGCCAUUAAAUUCCAGGUUUGCAAACCA